GGAGGGAGGGAGGGGACACAGAAAGCCAGGCAGCUCAGGAAAAUGAGCUCCAACUAGAUGUGGGGGUGGAGACGUGACGCCGGGCUGGCGACCACAUUGGGCUUGGUCAAGCCCCUUCCUUAGCCUGUGCCAGCCUCAGUUUCCCUUUUGGGAAAGGGGAGACCACACUGACAGUUCCCGGGGAGAUCCGCGAAGCCAAGAGUCUUGAACCCUUCGGAGGAGCCCCGCCCCUUUCCCUUCCCAAAGACGGAGUCGACCCUGUACUGUCCAGGACCUCGAGGAAACUGAGGCACGGGAGUGUGCCGGCUGGGAGGCCGAGGUAGCUCCGGGACCCGGGCGUCCAGCUCCUAGCUUGGCGCGGGGCGGGGCGGGAGCUUAGGGCUCCGCCUCCCCCUUUCCCUGCCCGCCCCCCUCCCUCCCCCCCCCCCCCCCCCCCCCCCCCCGCCAUGAGCGCCUACACUUGCCUCUCUCCUAGCUUUGGGCAGCCUGGGCGGCCUCAGUUCUCCGCCCGCGCGCCCUGGGCCCAGGCGGCGGCGGUCCAUGGCAGACCCCUCACCCCACGGCCCGGCAGCGGCCCCAGCGCCAGCCCCGGGCCCUGGCAAAAAGGAGUUGAAGAUCGUGAUCGUAGGGGACGGCGGCUGCGGGAAGACCUCGCUGCUGAUGGUUUACAGCCAGGGGGCCUUCCCGGAGCACUACGCCCCUUCGGUCUUCGAAAAGUACACCACCAGCGUGACCCUGGGCAGCAAGGAGGUGAUCCUGAACCUCUACGACACGGCAGGUCAGGAAGACUAUGACCGCCUCCGUCCACUGUCGUACCAGAACACUCAUCUUGUCCUCAUUUGCUAUGAUGUCAUGAACCCAACCAGCUAUGACAAUGUGCUUAUCAAGUGGUACCCUGAGGUCACUCACUUCUGCCAUGGGACGCCCAUGGUCCUCAUCGGCUGCAAGACUGACUUACGAAAAGACAAGGAACAACUGCGUAAGCUGCGAGCGGCUGACCUCGAACCCAUCACCUAUGCCCAGGGUGAGAGUGCCUGCCAACAGAUGAAGGCUGCCCUGUACCUGGAGUGUUCGGCCAAGUUCCGGGAGAACGUGGAGGACGUGUUCCGAGAGGCCACCAAGGUGGCUCUUAGUGCCCUCAAGAAGGCCCAGCGAAAGAAGAAACGGCAUAUCUGUCUGCUGCUGUGAUGGGCCCCCAAGCCCUGGACGGACUGGGAUGUCUCCCCAGGCUCCUAUGGAGCUAGGGGCUGGGGGACGCGGGACUGACACCACUGCUGCUCUGGGAAGGGACCUUAGACUCCAUCCCCAGGUGACUCCUUCCAUGCACUGAGUCAGGGCAGAGCUGGAGAGAUCCCCAGAGCAGGGCAUGGCAUGACCUCCACGGAGCACAAGCCUAAAUGCGAUUCCCUGCUGCAUGCUCGGAGCCAGUGACCCAGCCAGUCUCUUGGGUUUGACCCGAGCGCUGAAAAUGGGGCUUGGAGACUGCCCGGCCCAAUCAAUCCACACUCACUGAUGAGGCACCCAGGCACCCGGCUAGGUGUCGGGCAUACAAAGAUACUGAACCAAUCUCUACCCUCGAGGAGCUCCCAUUCUAUCAGGCGCUGGGGAGAAAGGAGCCUUUGCCUUGGGUCCUGUCUACCUGCCACCUGCUUAGUGACCCACAUGGGCAGCUCUUUUCCCCUCAUCCAAGGGAGGUGGGGGACAGGUCAGUCAACCCCCCUAGGCUGAACGCUGCAGGACUGACGUGGGGAGAAGGUUCGAGGGACCCUGGACGAUGGAUAGGUCCCUCACGCUGGGGCAGUAGAUGUCCAAGUCACUGACUGGCAGGAUGGAUAUUUGCUGAGGGCAUCCUGUUCCUGGACUGACCUCUGAGGCCCUAGCCGGCUCCAAGAGAGCCUAUUUGUCACCUGGCUGACCUACAGGUCACCUGCUGUCUGAGGCAAGCCAGGCACCCCCAAAGCCCCCUUUCUCACACCCUCUUGGACACGUUCUGUUUGACAUUAAAAGCCACCACGGGCACAAAAGA